AUUUUUAUGUUUAAACUGGAACAAGGAAUCUGCACUUAUGCUUCUUCUCUCUUGGGUUUCGAGAUCUAGCUUUGAAGCAUUUUCUCGUAAAAUUUAUUUAAAAAAUUCCCUUUUUCCCAGUCGAAAAUCAAGAAAUGCAAACCUCCUCUGUUUUGACAUUUUCUGCUUCAGAAGCUCGAUAAUCAAUGGGUUUUGCUUGUUUUUAUGAUCAAUCACGUUUUUGUUCACUUCUCUUCAAUUAAUUACUUGACCGUUUCAUUGGAUAUGUAUCUUUUCUUCAUAAACCCAUUUUCUUUUUCAGUCAAAUCGCUCAGUCGAUGCAGUAAAAGACUCUAGAAAACCCAAUGAUUCCUGGGGUUGGGAGCAAAUGUAAUCAGAAGUUAGAGUGCAGCCAAAAUCCCCAUUCCUACGGUUUCAGAUUUUGAAUAUUUAGGAUUUGUUUUUCUCAAUUUGCACUGAAAACACCAUGAGCCCCGUCUGAAAGAAUCAAAAACCACCGUUUCCUUCUCCACCAUCCAUUUGUCACACUCCUUGGGUUUGUAUCCUUCUUUAUACUUUCACUAUUUAAACCACUCCAUCUCCGUUCCUCUAUUCCUCACGCUGGACUCUGAGUAAUCUCUCAAUCAAGCAUUCUCAGCUUUCUCUCUCUGUUUCUGUGCUCUGUUUCUCUGAAACUCUCCCUUUCUUUCUUUCAAAGAGUCUGAUAGAAAAUGGCAAUCUUUACUUUGUGGAAUAUUCUCUUUCUGUCUCUCGCACUGAACCUGGGACUGCUGCUGAGGUUCCCACAAGAACAACCUCACUACCACGACGGCCUCAGAAAUAUUCAGAGGACAAGAUUGGCGGUCUCUCCGGUGGCCGUUCCCGGAGAAAGUGAAACUGCCGAUGACAACAACAGCAUCAUCAAUCUCGAUCAUGGCGAUCCGACCAUGUACGAGAAAUACUGGAUGGAGAUGGGUGACAAGGCUACGGUUGUGAUUCCGGGAUGGCAGUCUUUGAGUUAUUUCUCGGAUCCAGGAAAUAUCUGCUGGUUCUUGGAGCCUAAGUUUGCCAAGGAGGCGGUUCGUCUUCACAAUAUCGUCGGCAAUGCAGUGACUGAAGAUCGUCACGUUGUGGUCGGAACCGGCUCCACCCAGCUAUAUCAAGCGGUUUUGUACGCUCUUUCUCCGCCGGAUGCGGCGGAACCGAUUAGCGUCGUCUCGGCGGCCCCCUACUACUCUUCGUAUCCGGCCAUCACUGACUGUUUGAAGUCGGGGCUCCACAAGUGGGGUGGUGAUGCGAGGACAUUCAAUAAGGAUGGGCCCUUCAUCGAGCUCGUCACCAACCCAAACAACCCCGAUGGCCAUCUCAGACAGUCGAUUGUGAACAAGACUGGAGGAAUACUUGUUCACGACCUCGCCUACUACUGGCCGCAGUAUGCUCCCAUCUCCUCCCCUGCUGACCAUGACAUUAUGCUGUUCACAGUGUCAAAGACCACCGGCCAUGCCGGGACUCGUAUUGGCUGGGCUCUGGUAAAAGACGUUGAGGUUGCAAAGAAGAUGGUAAAGUACAUAGAGCUCAGCACGAUAGGAGUCUCCAAGGAUUCACAGCUGCGUGCGGCGAAGAUACUUCAAGUUACCUCGGACGGCUGUGAAUAUCCAACCACCGGCCGAUCCCUCUUUAACUCCAGCUUCCAUCUUAUGGAUCAAAGAUGGAAGCUUUUGAGGGUGGCUGUCCAGCAGAGUGGCCUAUUCAGCUUGCCUGAGUUUUCUUCAGGCUACUGCAGCUACUUCCAUCGGGAGUUCCAGCCCCAGCCUGCUUUCGCGUGGUUGAAAUGCGAAGGAGGAAUUGAAGACUGCGAAAGAUUUCUUCGUGGCUGGAAGAUCCUGACCAGAAGCGGAAGGCACUUUGGGUUUAGCCCGCGGUACGUGAGGGUGUCUAUGUUGGAUAGAGACCGCACCUUCAACCUCUUUGUACAGAGGUUGUCGCAAAUCCAGACGUAACGUUUGGAGGGCUAAGCCUAUGGAAAUGAUAUCCUAUGUGUAACAGUGGCCAAGCUGGAGGUGGUGGUAUACCUAUAAUGUAUAAACAAAAAUUAUAUACAAAAAAACUUGUU